GGCGCGCUCCCCGCCGGGCACCGGGGCUCGGUACCGCUACCGGGGAGAGGGGGUCCGGGGGGCGGGGGGGGGGCGAUGGGCGAUCGGCAGCCCCGCGCCCCCCGAGGCCAUGCGGACCCCGUGGCGGGGGGCGGGCGGGGGCGCUGCCCACGAGGGGAAAGCCCCCGGGGGGACUGCCCGCGGGGGCACUGCCCGCGGGGGGAUUACCUGCUGGAGGCGGCGCGGCAGCUGCGGCUGGCGCUGGAGCGCGACGUGAGCGAGGAUUACGAGGAGGCCUUCGCCCACUACCAGAACGGCGUGGACGUGCUGCUGCGCGGCGUGCAGGCCGACCCCAAUAAGGAGCGGGGCGAGGCGGUGAAGAGGAAGAUCGCGCAGUACCUGCGGCGAGCCGAGGAGAUCUUCACCUGCCACCUCCAACGUGGGCUGGGCGACGGCAGCCCCGCGGGCACGGGUUACAGCAGCCUUCGCUUACGGCCCAUCAGGACACUGAGCGCGGCGGUGGAAAACCUCAGGCGGUGUAAGGUGGUGGGAGUGAUCGAUAAGGUGCAGAUAGUCCAGGAUCCAGCCACCGGAGGGACCUUUAUCCUGAAGAGCCUCCCCAAAUCCCACGUGGAGACCCGUGAGCGGCAGACCAUCAUCCCUCAUGGCGUCCCCUUCAUGGUCAAGCUGCUGUGCUACUACGCGAGCGAGGACUCCAUCUUCCUCCACCUGGAGCACGUGCAGGAAGUCGGGGGGAUCACUGAGCCGACUGAAGCAGCCGACUGCUGGAGCUUUGGGUCGCUGCUGUACGAGCUGCUGACAGGAGUGCCGCUGUCCCAAAGCCACCCAUCAGGGAUUCACCCCCACACCCAGCUGCAGCUGCCAGAGGGGCUCAGCCUGGCGGCCGCAUCGCUGCUCACCCAGCUCCUGCAGCACAACCCCAAGCGGCGUCUGGGCGCUGGCGGGAUGGCCAAGCUCAAAUCCCACUCCUUCUUCAGCACCGUCCCGUGGAACAAGCUGGUGGGCUAGGCAGGAGGGGACACCUCCCGCCCCCAACCUGUGAACCCACCGGGGGGCUCUGCCCGCGGAGGGGGGAGGUUUUCCUGCCAGGGCUGUGCUGUGCGGGUGUGUAGGGGGUUUUCGAGGCAUUCGAUGUUCUGUCACCACUCCUGUGAGGCCGUGGUCCCCUCCUGUUGGUCCCCACAGUGGGAUGGGAGCCUGUGCCCUGAGCCCUGCUGUGCCACCCUUCCCAACCAUCCCAGGACACACUGACGGCCCUCGCUCUGCUUAGCACCGUGCCUUGGGAUCUUCUCCCUGGGGUUUUCUCUCUGCUGCUACCACCCUCGACCUCCCUGUUAUUUUUUUUUGUGGUUCCCAAGUGUGUUUCCCCUGGGCCCCGCUGGCUGGUGCCCGAGCCCGUGCUCCGUGCCACUCACCGGCUGCAUGUGGACGGGCAGCACCUGCUGCAGGGCAUAUAAUAAAUAUAAUAAACUGCUCCUGACUGCUCGCA